AAUUUCGCAUAAGUUCUAAAUGCGAAAACGGACAUUUACAGGUUGUGCUAACUAAGUGUUACAGUUACAAAACAACGGUUAACAAGAGACAAGUGCUUGGAAAGGCUUUUCAACUUUGAACACGAUGGAUUAUGAUGUAGAUUUUUAUCGGAGAAAACAGGAAUUAAUGCAGAAAGUGUACAUAUUAAAGAAUGAGCUUACACCACAAGAAAAAGCGGCAAUGCAGGAUAUGAAAUCUUCUCUACAACAAGCAUGGGUAGUGAGAGCAAUACCAUGCGUUUUGUUUGGUUAUAGUUUGAUGAUUGGAAUACCACGCACGCCUGCUAAAAUACCCAAACUUCUCAAGUCAUUGAAUAUUGCUUCCCAUUUGUAUGCUCUUACUCUGGGAGUAGGUAUUAGUUAUGGACUGAUUCCUAAACAGAAGAUCGUCACAAAAACCUUACAGAACUACAAUAUAACUAUGGAACAGAAUCUGGGUAAACUACGAGCUAUGGAAGAAGAGGAACGAUCUUGUUCAGCUGUGCCAAACUAUUCCUUUGACAGUGUUCAGAAAGCGUACAAUGAGGAGCUGAAAAAGACACACAACCAAGUUAGGACAUCACAAAAUCGUGUUCAAAAGACAGAGGAUAGUCAAGAGCCAGAUGAUGGAUUUGAAGACUUCUAUGCUAAAAAACGAGGUAGAAGAACCAAUACAUAUGGAGAUGAACUGGACAGUGACUAGCAGGGCCAGUGUUACUAAAAUGAUACUCUUCAUGUGAUGUGAAUCAUAUUUAUCAUAAUAAACAAUUGUGUGCGCAGUGAAUGUGGACUGCACUUCAUGACACGUUAUAAAUACUACACAGAGUGUGAUUGUAGGAACAGAAUAUUAUAUUCUAAGAAGUUUUGUAUGCUUAUAUGUGUGUCAGACAUGUUUUUUCUGUAAUGGAGUGUGAGUUUGUGAAAUGAAUGUAUGUUUUGGUUUUAAUGUGAAUAAAUUUUCACACAUGUUC